AUGUUUAAAAACCUCACAAAGUUAGCCUGCUGCUUAGGAUUAGUUAAUGGGGCCUUUGUAGUUUGUUCUUAGAAUGUCCAUUCUCAGGAUAGAUUGCAGCAUUACAAUUUUCUAAGUGAAAAUGAAUUACAUAACUUAUUGAAAAAACAUGAAAACUUAUCUAUUCUCAAUCGAAAUUAGACUGAGCACAUUUUAUCUUUGAUGAGAGAAGCUAAUACUGAUAUUGUGUCAUUCAGAAAGAAUGCGGAUAGAUUGAUUAGGAUCUUAAUGGAAUAAGCUUUGGCUCAAUUAUAAAAAAAGAAUUCUGUAAAACAAUCGCCUUUGGGGUUUUAUACUGCAAAUGAAGUGAAAUUCUCAGAUGAAGAAAUCUGUAUUGUAAGUAUACUUAGGUCAGGAAAUGCAUUCUUAAAUGAAGGUUUAAGAGUGAUUUAAGGGGCAUCAAUUGGAUAAAUAUUGAUUCAAAGGAACGAAGAGACAUCGAUGCCAAAAUAUUUCUUUGAGAAACUUCCAGAGAAUAUUCAUGAGUAAUAAAUUAUUUUGGUUGAUCCAAUGCUCGGAACAGGUGGAAGUGCAAGUAUGGCAUUAAAGAUAUUAUAAAAUUAUGGUGUAAAGGAAGAAAAUAUUAUGUUUUUAACUUUGGUUAGUUGUGAAUAAGGAUUGAGUAAAGUCUUUAAAGAACAUCCAAAUAUUAAAAUCAUUACAGCUCAAGUUGAUCCAAUUCUGAUAAAGGAGAUUAAUUAUCUGGCUCCUGGAAUAGGAGAUUUUGGGGAUAGGUAUUUUGGAACAGUUAAAAAGCAUACACGUGGUUUAUAAGUUUGA